CAGUUCUUAGCAAUUAUGGGCCUAAAAUUAAAUCAAAAAGACUGAAAUAUGGAAGAAACGAACCACCACAGUCCUUAAUUAAGAAGUUUUCACCAUGGUCCUUAUGUGCUACAUGUGCUACCUGGCAGCCUGCAAUUGGGUGUUCCAUUCUUGUAAAGCAAAGACGCUUUGCUAUAUCCAAAUCAAAUUCAUCUUCUCCCUAUCCGGUUCCUCCGCCAACCUGACGAGUUCUGCUUCAACGGUCUCCGCCGCGGACUCCUCGCGACCUGAUCAACGCCAACGAGGUGUCGCUGGUUGAUAACGCGACGACGGCGGCGGCUAUCGUGCUCCAGAGAGUCGGACGGUGUUUCUCGGAAGGGAAGUAUCGGAAGGAGGACACGAUGGUGAUGUUUCACUGCGCGUUUCAGAGCGUGAAGAAGUCGAUUCAGCAUACGUCACACAAGUUGAAGUUACAUAAUUUAAUUUGUAAGAAGAUCAAAAAGUGAUGGAGAACAGAUGACAGAAACGAAUGGAGGUAGUGGAGGAGCCACCAGCCGAUAAGAGAGCUUGCAACUCUCAGGAUUUCAGGCCGAGCACAUCUGGUGGCUCCUCUGUUCAGGCUCAAGCCAAUGGUACCACAGGACGUGAGAACACUGACGCUGACAUGGAUACUUCUUCGUCUGCUUCUCCUCCUUCGAGUCAUUCAGAUGCAGAACAGGAAAGGGAGGAGGAUGAGGACUACGGAUCCUUCUCUGCAGUUCUUACGGAGCUGUGCGAAGUGUUGUCUUUCUGUACUGAGGACUCUCUGUCCAGCGUGAUGGCCGACGUGCUCUCGCAGGUGCUUGUUAAGUUGGCUAAGAAUGAGAGCAAUGGAUCAGAGUGUGAAGAAGUCGAUUCAGCAUACGUCACACAGGUGCCAUUGGGAGUGUUAAGGUUGAUGUUAAUGAGAUUGGUGCCUUGUCAAAAUGUAUAUCUUAGUAAAAUGUUUUAUGUCUUGUUCCAUUCUCGUGUGAUGUUCGCUUGAUUGUAUAUAGAAUCAAAUCCAUUAUUAACCUAAGAGACUACAAAAUGUCCCAGCAAUAAUCACCUCUUUGCUUA